AUGGAAGGUCAAGAUUCUUCUGUUCUUCCUGGGUCUCCUGGUAUGGAAGAUCUCCCUCAAGACGGCCCAAUCAUCGACGCAGAGAUGAUCUCCCAGCCUGCUCCCCUCGCCGACACGAUUCUCGGACGACAGGUCCAAGAGGUCGCGCAGCAUGCGCGGAAUGAGCUCCUGGCACCUCUCAAUGGUACUGCAGACUUUCGCCACCAUCGCCCCCCUGCAGGCAUGCAUGCCGACGAGGUGACUCGGCGGCUCUGGACCCUCCACACCCGACGCGACGCAAACGAUGUGAUCUCCCACAUCAUCCGCACCAACAUCGAGGUCCUCCACCACGUGAGAGCGCAGCUCGACAAGCUGUACCAGGACUUGAAGAAGACUGCAGCCGCACUGGUUCAUCUGUCAACGCAUCCCUCUUCGGAGGGGGGUUCCCUGCGAGGUGAAGUCGCCAGAGUGCGCACCGCCAUGGCAGAGCACGAACGCUGGAUCGAAGUUCUAGACCUGGAGGUCCAACUCUCUGAGGUGGCGUUGCGGAGAGUAGAGGCGGCGCGCGACCUCAUCAACAUGAGGGAUCGCCUGGCGCGCGGGGAGAUCACGCCAUGGGAGCUGCAUUAUCUCGAGGGGCCGCCGUUUGAUACGUACCAGGCGAUGAGGCCAGCGGUGGUGAGGCUGGUGAAGAGGGUCUAUGAGAUGACGGGGAAUGCCGCCUUCCUAGAGAGGCAUAAGAACGAGCUGUGGGACGUGGUGGCACAGCAGGUCGGGUAG